GAAAUUCGCUGAAGUCUGGUGAAAGUUGAAAACGAGGAUUUGUAACGCCAUAACUAAUCGUCAAGAGCAACCGGUGAACUUUUAAUUUGUUUCCCGCCGCUUCUUUGUUGUUGUUGGUUUUGUUGUAGUCUCAUGGUCGAUCGUUAUUUCUUCUUUCUCUUUUCCAAAUGUCUAACUACGAGUCUUUGAAUAAUGCAUGGAAUGUGGCCACCCAAGUUUUGAUUCCAUCGAACCCCCUCGCGUCGCCACAUGAAAAAACUGCCUGUUCCUCCUCCGUGAACGAAGUAGACUUCAAUGCGGCAAUCGAAGUCCUUCACCAACACCAACUCACACACAUCAUCGAGGACUGGUUCAUCGAAUAUGUCCAAAGUGAAAUGAGAGAUGAGAUUGCUCCUAAGUUCUGGAGCUACUUUGCCGAGGAGAAAGACUCACUUAGCGUUCAGCUGAAUAAUUUUGUUUUGGCCGUCGACUACCUUUAUUCAGCCCUCGACAAACACAACGACAGCAUUGAGAAAAUUGAGUUAAUCAUUAAUAGAUACCCACCGUCCAACUACAGAACUGGCACCCUCUUCAAGAAAUCGUUAAAAGAAACCGCUACGACCCUAUGCAAGGCCUUGUUAUUUUCAUCAAAGGAUCGAAAAAUCUUCAAAGUGACAGAAAGCUUCUAUUUGAAAGCUUUCAAGGUAUACCAACAUACAAGCAGUGAUGAACAAGAUGAUGAGAAACUUGCAGAAUCUUCUGAACUUGGUCACUGCAAUGGCUGUGAUGAAGAACAUGAAUGCAAAUGUACUGAAUUCAUGGAAUCAUUUCAUACAAUAAACAGAAAACUUGACAAACUGAAUUUGUUGAGCAAAAUGGCUGGUUCCUGCAUCACUACCAUUGUGCAUCGGACAACCAAACAACACAUUGAGUUAAAAUGUCGAGGAAACCUUGAAACUUCGUUUCUGGAGAGUUUAGAAAAGUGGCUUGACAAGAAAGUUCUUGGUUGGCUUGAUCUUGUCUGGUGUUCAGAUCAAAUGUCAUCGACUGAACUGCAAUCCUUGAAGGAGUUCAAAGACACACUGCGCCAAUACAUGUACGAGAACUACGCCGGUACCCUAAUCGACCAAUUAUUCAGCAUUAUCAUAGACUACCCAGAAUCAGAACCAGCCAUUCUCGAUUUGAAAAACUGCCUCAUGAAGACAGAUCUUCGUUCACAUCUUGUCAUCUCUCUCAAAGAUGCUUUAGAAAACAGAUUGCUACAUCCAGGUGUAAACACCUCUAAUAUACUUGCUGCUUAUAUAUCAGCGAUUCGGGCCCUACGUGUGUUGGACCCUGCGGGUGUGAUCCUGGAGCUUGUUUGCGAACCUGUACAGAAAUAUUUAAGAGAUCGUGAUAACACAGUGCGCUGCAUUGUGUCCAGUUUAACUGAGGAAGGGGUCAACGAGCUUUCUGAUGAAUUGAUCCGAGGUUUGCCUCACAUUGUUGACGACAAUGCUGCGAGUGAUGAUGAAGAUUGGAACAAAUGGAUACCCGAUCCAGUGGAUGCUGAUCCAACAUCCAUGUCGAAGGUGAGAAGAACGUCAGACAUUAUCAGCAUGCUGGUGAACAUAUAUGGAAGCAAAGAACUGUUUGUAAAUGAAUACCGCAACCUGCUGGCCGACCGCAUCCUCUCGCAGUUCAACUACGACACCGAACGUGAAAUCCGGUACCUGGAACUGCUGAAGCUGCGAUUCGGUGAAUCCCAGCUCCACUACUGCGAGGUGAUGCUGAAGGAUGUCACAGACUCAAGACGUAUCAAUGCCAUCAUAAAGGAAGAUAAGAAGAAAGACGAGCCAGAAGAAAAUGCGGAUGAUAUUGAAAUCAAUGCCAUGAUUCUGUCUGCUCAGUGUUGGCCGACAUUCAGAGAAGAGAAACUCAACUUGCCUGAAAAUAUGCAGACUUGUUUGGAGAACUACACCAAAAAGUUUGAAUCCAGGAAAGGAAAUCGCACGUUGAUAUGGAAACCCCAUUUAGGUCUGGUCAACAUCGACAUUGAACUAAAAGAGAGAGUGCUCAACCUGAAUGUCUCACCUGUACACGCAGCUAUCAUAAUGCAGUUUCAAAAUAAAGACCAGUGGACAGUUGAAGAGCUGAGCAGUGUCCUACAGAUCCCGGCCACUGCCCUGCGAAGAAAAAUCGCAUAUUGGCAGAGCCAAGGCUUGCUUAAAGAGGAAGCCACCGACACUUUCCUCCUCGUUGAAGAGCAACGAGCUAACUCUGAUGAUAUUAUGCUUGCUGAUGAAGAAGAGACAGAAUCUGCCAUGGCAUCGAUGAGGGCUCAAAUGGAAGAGCAAAUGCAGGUUUUCUGGACAUACAUUGUCGGCAUGUUGACCAAUCUGGAAAGUCUCCCCAUCGAGAGGAUCCACUCGAUGCUGCGUAUGUUUGCCGUCCAAGGUCCUUCUUCUGUGGAAUGCAGUCUGGCUGAGCUGAAGGCCUUCCUUGACAAGAAAGUGAAGGACCAGAAACUGAUCUACACAUCGGGCGUGUAUCGUUUAUCGCAUAGCUGAGCUACACCUCCCAUCUGUUCUUCUUCUUGUUCUUGUUGUUGUCAUUGUUUUGGUGCAGUUUACUCCUCCUCCAACUUCUGCCACUUCAAUGACAUUUACUGUUGUCAUGUAUGGGGAGGUACUGAAAAGUUCCUGGCUUUAUGUAAAAGAAAAUACAGGAGGAUCAGUUAAUAAUGAU